AUGUCUGCGCCGCAAUUGCGCUCGUUGGAACGCUCCCUGUGCUCCAAUGGGCACGACAGAAAGAAGAAAGAAUUCCAAUUGGAUGCCCGAACAUGCCAAACUGCCGCCCAAGGUGGUCACCCGGAGUUUCUCCAAUGGGCCCAUGCAAAUGGCUGCCCAUGGAACCAAAACACAAGCGCAGCUGCCGCAAAAAGUGGCCAUUUGCAUAUCCUCAAAUGGGCUCGGGAGAAUGGUUGCAACUGGGAUGUCAAUACAUGUACCAGGGCUGCCGAAGGUGGACAUUUGGAAAUGCUGCAAUGGUUGCGGGAACAAGGAUGCCCUUGGAAUGAGAAUGUGUGUUCGUUUGCUGCCAAAAAUGGCCAUCUGGAGACCCUCAAGUGGGCUCGAGCAAAUGGAUGCCCAUGGAGUAGUUCUACCCUCUGGUGUGCUGCCGUAGGGGGGCAUUUGGAAACCCUCCAGUGGGCUCAUGAAAAUGGAUGCCCAUGGAGUUUGGUGGUAUCCCGUGACGCAGUAGCAGGCGGCCAUUUUGAACUGCUGAAAUGGGCCCAUAACCACGGCUGUCCAUGGGAUGCAUCGACCAUCUAUGAAAUUGCUAUACAUGGCAAUUUGGAAAUGCUAGAGUGGGCUCAGCAAAGGGGAUGUCCAUGGCAUGUGAGUACAUGCCUGGUUGCAGCUAGAUGUGGGCAUUUGGAAUGUCUCAAGUGGGCUCAUGAGAAUGGAUGCCCUUGGCAUGAAGGUGUAUGCAAAGAGGCAGCUCGACAUGGGCAACUGGAAGUCGUGCAGUGGGCGCAUGAGAAUGGGUGUCCAUGGGAUAGAAGAACUUGCCAAUCUGCUGCUAGAGGGGGGCAUUGGGGAAUUCUUCAAUGGGCAUAUGAGAAUGGAUGCCCCUGGGAUGAAACAACUUGUGCAGCUGCAGCUCGUGGAGGCCACUUUGAAAUUCUAAAAUGGGCUCACCAGAAUGGCUGCCCGUGGGAUACCUUUACAGUCCAUGAUGCAAAUGCAGGUGGCCAUUUGGAAAUCGUCCGUUGGGCUCGUCAGAAUGGAUGCCCAGAAGGGGUGGUAGACCCAGAUGACGUUUCCGACAGUAGCGUUAGCGAAGAUCAGAAAAUGUAUAGCGAUCUGUCGAUUAGCUGGUUGCUCGUUCUUCGUACGGUAGAGUCGAGUCGAGUCGAGUCGAGUCGAGUCCUCGGUCUGUUGCUUGCCUUGGCCACGGAAAAACGUUGCUUUGGCCAUGGAAAAUCGAGGAUCGUUUCGAUGGACGGAAAAAGGGCGACUGCACCAUAA